AUGCUACUGUUAUUAUUCAUUUGUGACUUAAGAAUAUGUGAGGCCAUUCCACUGCCGUCGUCGUCGUCGUCCUCAUCAUCCUCAUCAUCAUCAUCAUCUGGACAAGGACUCUCGUAUCAAGAACGGGAAGAACUCUAUCGACAAACGCCAGCAGUGCCCGAUGAACGUAUGGCCGAUGCCGAAUUGGAUAAUGCCUAUGAAUUGUUCAAUUUGAAGCCUCAAAGACCAACAAAGUCCUCCGCCAUCUAUUUUUACUAGUUGUCACCCAAUUGAAAUCACUUCCGUUUAUUUUA